AUGGCGCCUUUAAUUCUACACAACGUCCCCGAUGACGAGUUAUACGUCGGCGACGAUGGCAUCCAAAGACCAUACGCGAUGGUGUUCCCACAAGUGGAUAACGAAUCAAACGGCGGCGCCCCCGACCAGCGCGACGGCGACGACUCCGGCCGCAAGGCGGCGUCGAUGAUGAAUGCCGGGCUGGAAGAGGACCAGGCCGCCCAAAGCCGCCUCGUCAAGAAGGAGCCGACCGAAAUAAUUCUUCGGGGAUAUAGGAAUUCGGACCAACAAUACGCCGCUUUAAAUCACUACGAGCAACUCGCGGGACGCAUUUGCGAAGACUACCCUCGGCAGCCUCCACUAGACCGUACAAGAUACAAGUCAGAAUUGAGGGACCCUGCGUUCCUUCGCCAAAAGCCCCUGACGCCCGAAGAGAGGGCCAAGGUCAACAUGGCGGCCGGAGGCGAGCACUGGGUCAAGGUCACGUUUGAGUCUGCCGACGCUGCGGAAGCCGCUCUCUACGCGUCGCCCCAAAGCAUCCUGGGCCAUAUCGUCCACGCGGAGGCCUACCACGGCCACCCGCCGCAACGCGACGAGGCCGUUCCCGAUCUCGAGAGCCUCGACGACCACCCAAGAGCCAAGUCUGUUCCCGGCGCUGCUCGACAAGGGCCCGGCCGCGAGCGCCACGAUAAGAGGGCGGCGUCCGUCGUCGCCGAUCCAUUUGCGGAACCCUUCUCGAACCCGUUCGCCGACACCGCAUCCCCCGACUCCCGCGUAUCAUCCUACACUCUCGACUCCAACACGCUCUCUUCCGCCACCGUCACCGACUCCCGUUUUUCCCACUCCACGGCGAUGGCGGACCGCCCCGCCGACAGCGUAUUUUGCAGGAAGAUCCCCACCGCGCGCAGGGCUACCCUCCUCCCGGCCGAACAAGCGCUCCUCCCACAACAAUCUUUUACUCAGCGCAUCGUCAAUGCCAUUCCCUUCCUCAAGUGGUUUAGCGGCUCCAUGAUAGGAAACGAGGUGCCCAGGACCGAGCUCGGCGACUUUGAUUGGAACCGGGCCAGCUUGUACUGGAAGUUCAUAUGGUGGCUCGAUGCCACCUUUAACCUCUUUGGCGGAGAGAUCCUGACGGCGGACAAGGAAGACUAA